AUGUCUGUAGCCCUCCGUUCAAGCACAUAUGAUAGCACCGAUGUUAGUGUAUACAUACUUGGAGGUCAAAGCAAUAUGUCUGGCCGUGGAGGCGUAGAACGCUUCCCUGAUGGGACCAAAGUGUUUGAUGAGGAGGCAUCUAAAUAUCCUGUUGCUGUUGGUGCAGACCCUCGGGUGCUCUGCUUCAAUGCAGCUGGCCAUUGGGUGGAAGCCAGGGAGCCUAUGCAUGCGGAUAUUGACACCACGAAGGUGACGGGGGUUGGACCAGGCCUCAUCUUUGCAAAGGAGCUCUUGGCGCUGCUAAGAUCUCCUGGACAGCAGAUUGGCUUGGUUCCCUGCGCAGUUGGCGGCACAUGCAUGGAUCAGUGGCUGCCUGGAACAGCUCUUUUUCAACAGAUGGUGUGCACUUCAGCAGCCCUUGUCCUUUAUGGCUGGGAGCACGAGGUUGUCCCUAACAUAGAUUUACUGCUGCAUGCUUGA